GUCUUCCAGCCUCGGAGGUUACUCCGGGCGUGCUGAGUCCUGGCCAGACAGCCCAAGGGAGCCGCCCUACCCCUUCCCCCGGGACAGCUGGCUGAGACGACCAGGUCACUGGGGCCACGAUGAUUUCCUUCGCGCCUCUCUCGGUGCCACUGGAGCGGCGGCUGCAGACUCUAGCUGUGGUUCACUGGAUUUUCAGUUUCCUGGUUUUGGGCGUAGUCUGCACAGUCAUCUUCAUUGGGCUCCUCUUCACCCGCUUUUGGUUCCUCAGCAUCCUCUAUUCAGCCUGGUGGUACCUGGACAGAGACACCCCAAGGAAAGGUGGGAGACAGAGCCAGACCAUAAAGCAAUGGCGUGUGUGGAAGUACCUGGCAGACUACUUUCCUAUCUCACUCAUCAAGACAGCAGAGUUGGACCCAACCCAGAACUAUAUUGCUGGCUUCCACCCACAUGGCGUUCUGGCUGCUGGAGCCUUUACCAACUUUUGUACAGAAGGCACCAGUUUUUCUUCUGUGUUUCCUGGGAUCCGCUCCCAUCUGAUGAUGCUGACUUUGUGGUUCCGAAUUCCCCUCUUCAGGGAUUAUAUCAUGACUGGAGGUCUAGUCACAUCAGAGAAGGAGUGUGUCUCGUACCUGCUGAGUAAGAAGAAAGGUGGAAACUUGCUGGUGGUCAUUGUGGGAGGGUCCCAGGAGGCCCUGGAUGCUCGUCCUGGAAGCUACACACUACUACUGAGGAACCGGAAAGGAUUUAUUAAACUUGCUUUGCUUCAUGGGGCAGCUCUAGUGCCGAUAUUCUCCUUUGGGGAGAAUGAACUCUUUGACCAAGUUAACAAUCCCCAGGGGUCCUGGCUACGCUGGAUCCAGGAGAAACUGCAGAAGGUCAUGGGCAUCUCCCUCCCGCUUUUCCAUGGCCGAGGGAUCUUCCAGUACAACUUUGGCCUGCUCCCUUACCGGCAGCAAAUCACUACUGUGGUGGGGAAACCCAUCAAGGUGGAGCAAAAUAUCAACCCAUCCCAAGAAGACGUGGACCGUCUGCACCAGCGUUACAUGACAGAACUGUGCAACCUCUUUGAAGCCCACAAGAUCAAAUACAACAUCCCCCCAGAGCAGCACCUGGAGUUCCGAUGAGCCCGCCACCUCCCAUGCUCCCCCUCUGCCCUGUCCUUGGGUGACAUCACAAGACAAUGAAGCCUUGACUAGCAACCGUGGUGCCUAUAGCAGCAGAAGAAACAAUUCCUAUCCAUCUUAUUCAUACUUAGAGGAUAUAGAGUCCAACCCCUUAUUUUACACAUGAGGAAAUGGAGGCCCAGAGACGUGAAGUGACUUUCCCAAGGUCACACAUCUAAUAAGAGUCAGAAACAGGAUUCGAACUAAGGUCUUCUCAACUCCAAAGGCAACACUGUAUGCAUUGACCUACUUAGCUGCUCCAUAAUUCAUGAUAUGAAAAAAUGUCAAAAGUAAUUAAGAAAGCUUCAAUUGAGGGGUUAUGGAAAGGUAAGCACAUGAACGUGUUGUUGGGAAAACUGCAGAUUAGUACAACUAUUUUGGAAAGCAAUCUGAAAUCAUUCAAAUAAAGGGCUAAAAUGUUCAUGCCCUUGGUUCUAGAAAAUUCUGCUGCUAGUCAUAUAUCCCGAGGAGGGCAUUGAUAAAAAGAAAGGCACCAGAUACACCAAAGUAUUGAUGGCAGCACUUUUUUGUUAGCAGAGAACUAAAAACAAAGUAGCUGCCCAUCUGCUGGGGAAUGGCUAAACAAACUACGGUCCAUGAAUGUAAUGGAAUAUU